CUCUAUUGACAGAUUCUGAUACUCAAGGGUAGCAUCUCGGUGUGGCCCCCUCGCUCACUAUGGCGACACGAAAGUGUCUGAACCCGCUGAUAAAGGCACCAAAGUCAAUUGCCAACUCAAUCUGUCACCAAUGUCAACGAUCUUUCGUGACAACACCAGCUCAAUUGGCUGGUCACAACAAGUGGUCCAAGACAAAACACAUCAAAGCUGUAACUGAUAAGAAGAAGAUGACUGAGAGAUCUAAUUUCACCAAGACAAUUGCUAUGUAUUCAAGAAUGUAUGGAGAUGAUGUCAAAUUCAACCCUCAACUGGCCACUGCAAUAAACGCUGCAACAAAAGCGAGUAUACCAAAGAACUUAAUCGAGGGCGCAAUUGCACGAGGUCAAGGUCGUUCAGCCACAGGCGCACAGCUCGAGUCUAUGUCUCUGGAGGUCCUCAUGCCCCCUGACAUUGCGAUGGUCAUCGAUGCUGAGACAGACAAUAAGACUCGGACUCUUCAUGACCUGCGCCUCGUGGUGAAGAAGGCCGGUGGAGUGGUUGGGUCAACAACCUUCUACUUUACAAGACGUGGUAGAGCUGUUUUCAAAGCCGAGGAGUGCGGGCCGUCACUCUCAGAUGUUCUGGACGAGGCGAUUGAGCACGAGGGAUUGGAAGAUGUCGAGGAACUGCCAGAGGGUGACUUCUUGGCUUGGACCCAGCCAAACACGUUGACAGCCAUCACUGAGGCCCUGUCUAAGAAAUUUGAGCUUGAGAUUCUCGACUCAGACAUUGUCUGGGCACCGAACGAGGACACAAAAGUCAGCAUUGACACCACAGAGCAAGCUAAUGCUCUCGACAUGCUCUUCAACGGACUCAAGGAAUAUCCCGAAGUCAGAGCCAUUUAUGCCAAUGUACGUCAGGGAGCUGUAGGGGACGAAGAGUGGGACAAGGUUGAAAGAAACCUGGAUGUAUAAAACAUAGAACAGCGAUGAGUUUGUAACAAUUUCGUACGAUGCUGUAUUUUGCCCAUACCAACAGAGGGGGAAUAUUUCCAAUGCCUU